AAGUCACCACACAUAACUUUGACAUUAAUCUACGCGGAAGCACGCGUCUUAUCAUCAAUGGUCCAGGGCAAAACCAAGGGUCUUCAGAGCAAGGCGUCAUCGUCAAGACAAGCUGCUAAGGCCGCUGCCAACCCGAAAAAGGGGAAACGGUACAUUCCACCCAAAAAGACCGCUCUGGUCAAGCAGGCUUCCAUGAGGCAGUCACUGACGGCCAAGAUAAACAAAUCCAUUGAACAGCAAAUGGUAUCUGCUGCAUCAGCCGGCAAACUCACGAUCAUGAAAAAUACCGUUGAUACGUAUGGCUGUUCGUCCCGUAUACGCACAAUUUGAAUUUACCUAUAUUCUGCGCAGCGAACCACCCAAGGUGACUCCUG